AUGGAGGGAAAAAAUCAAGGCGGUUCAUCAUCGUCGUCGUCGUCUUUCACUUCUGAGACAGACAUGGAGGGAAAAAAGCAAGGCGAUUCAUCAUCAUCAUCGUCGUCUUUCACUUCUGAUCUCUUUGGUUCGAAGGAUUCCUAUGGUUCAUCAUCUUCGGGGAUUUUCGGGUCAAUCUUUGCUCCUUCGUCCAAGGUGUUGGGGAGAGAGUCUUUGCGCUCCGGGGCAGUAGAGAAGAAGCACGACUCUGCAACUCAAUCUUGGAGCACCAAACCCGGAGCCCCAGAAACAACUCCUUGGAGCAAUGAAGAAGGAAGUCAGAGCAUAAGUAACAGAGACACGAGUUCGUUUUAUCACCAGGAAAAAGUUCAACCAUGUAAUCUCUGCUCAUCAAUAUACUAUGGCAGACAAGAUGUCUAUUCUCAACCUCAGAAUACCCAGACCUCUGGUUUAAUAAAAAUUCGGGAGAAGAUGACUCUGGCAGUGCUUCAAGAGGAAACUGGUGGCAAGGUUCUCUCUAUUAUUAAGCACUCAUUACCCAUGGCUUGUGAACUUUACAUAUACUAGGUAUUUUAUUUAUGAAACUCUAUUUGAGAAAUUAGAUGUGAAUUCUUUUAUUGGUUUUCAUUCUCAAUUCUAACUUCUAAAAAUACCUUGAUAAGUUCCAGACAUGGACCAUUCAAUGGUGUUUCCUUGGAUGGUCAUAGACUCUUGAAGACUAGGUUAUCUAGUCUAGUGCUGUUUUCAUCACAAUUUUGCACAUCAUACAUUUCUCUAAGCUACCAUGUGCGUUGAAUGUUUUUAGUUUCUAGGUUUGAAAAUUUCUGCUGAGGCAUAAUAGAUUUGUUGUCUUUGAAUCCCAUGACCAAGUAGCACAAAAAUUAAUUUUAGAAAGGGUAGUUCAGAAAAUGAAACUCUCUUUUCUAUGAAUACCACUACCACUCCCAUUUGCCAUUUUGGGUGUCAAUUUUACGCAAAAAUAUUUGCGCGACAUGAACCCAUGAACCCAGAAAAACAGAGGGGGAAAGAAGAUUGAAAAAAUUCAAAUGGAAAGAAGUUUGCAUGUGAAGGACUAUAUCAUUGAUGUAGUUUCAUUUAACUGCUCGUCAUCCCAAAUUGAUAUAGCUUAAUAUCUUCUCUUUUAUUGAUAUAGCGUAUAUGAAAGACGGAUAGUAGCCUGGUCGUUGCAGGCAGCCUGUAAUUGCUUCCUCCUGUCAAGCAUUAUGUGUAUUUGAUAGUUAUAUGUUCUU